AUGUGGACUGCUCCUCAUCUGCCUGAAGAGAGCACACGACCACUGAAUCCAAGCACACAGACAGUGGUUCUCAGGCCAGGACGUCACAGAAGACCCAUGACGGCCCCAAAAACCCAGAAAGAAAAGUCGUCCAAGAGAAAAAAGGUGUUGCUCACCAUCCUGUCAGUGGUGGUGCUUCUGGCUAUUCUGGCAACAGCCGCAUACUUCAUUAAAGUGCUCAUAGACAGUAAGUAUUAUUUCUGCAAGCGUUCGUUCAAGUUCAUUCCGAUCGACCUCACCUGUGAUGGGAAGAGCGACUGCGCGGGAGGAGAGGAUGAAGUUACCUGUUUGUCAGCGUUUACAGUUAACGGCACGUUUCCAGUGCGGUUAUGGUCCGAGGAGAGUGUGCUGCAGGUGUUCGCUCCCAGCACAGGAUGGAGGAGCGUGUGCAGUGACGGCUGGACUGCGGAGCACACGCAGACUGCAUGUAAACAACUGGGAUACACAAAUAAACCACAAAGCAGUAAAGUUCCAGUGAGGUCCCUCCCAACAGGAUCAGGGCCAUUUACAGCAGUCAGAGCUGGAACUGGAAAAACUCCAGUUCAUCAGGCUACAAACAUUCGAAACAGUGUGUGCCAAACUGGCUCUGUGGUGGCUCUCUCCUGUUCAGACUGUGGUCAGGUGGACUCUCGGGAGCGGAUAGUCGGAGGCACCGACGCGGACAUAGAGGACUGGCCGUGGCAGGUCAGCCUGCAGCAGGGCGGACAGCACACCUGUGGAGGCGCACUGGUCACACCGCGAUGGGUCGUCACAGCGGCCCACUGCUUUACUGGGAAUAUAAAGCAGCUGAGUCGCUGGAAGGUGGUGUCAGGUCAUACGUACAUGGGUUCAAUGGCAGCUUCCACCGUGGACAGGAUCAUUAUCAAUGGAGAAUAUGACGAGGCUCGGAAUGACUACGACAUUGCCUUGAUGAGACUCUACAGUCCCAUAUCUGUCGGAGACUCUCGCAGACCUGUUUGCUUACCCCCUAAAGCGCUUGGUCUCACAGAUGGAGCAACAAUGGCAGUUACAGGCUGGGGGUACCUUGAGGAAAAUGGCAAGGUUUCCUCUAGACUUCAGCAGGCCACCAUUCCACUGAUUAGUCGAACCAAAUGUUCAAAGUCCACCGUUUAUGGAAGUGCCAUAACUGAGCGGAUGCUGUGUGCAGGACUGUUGGAAGGGGGUGUGGAUGCUUGCCAGGGUGACAGUGGGGGGCCACUGGUGCACCUCUCCUCCUCCAAGCACUACCUGGUGGGGGUGGUGAGCUGGGGAGUGGGAUGUGCCAGGAGGGGGAAACCUGGAGUAUACUGCAAUGUGGAAGAGAUGAUGAACUGGAUUAACUUGGUCAUUGAGAAAAAUCCUUGA